AUGAGCAGUAUACUAACAAGAUCCCAGGCCGCAGUGGCACGUCUACGCGCCUUCAGACCGCCGCCGUUCCCCUUGUGGGACAGGCUCCCUCUCAGCCGGAGGGCGGCCGUACUCAUUCUGCUUUACGCCGAUAGGCGGGGGAACUUGCGGGUGGUCCUCACCAUGCGUGCCGCUACCUUGAGGAGCUUCUCUGGUCACGCGGCAUUCCCAGGAGGCAAAGCAGAUACUCUAGAAGAGACACCAUACCAGAUAGCCAGACGUGAAGCCUGGGAAGAAAUAGGGCUUCCCGUAGACGACACCAAGAUCCCCGCCCCUUUUCGCAUAGAACACCUCUGCUGCCUCCCCCACAGCCUUGCCAAAACCGAGCUGGCUGUCCGCCCGUGCGUUGCCCUCCUGCACUCGGACGACCAGCCUGCUGGCGCCGGCGGUGCAGCACAGCCCUCCCCCACCGUCGACGAGAGCCUGAUGCCGCGUCUUGACCCCAAGGAAGUCGCGGCUGUCUUCUCGGGCCCAUUGCACAACUUCCUCCUGGCGGAGGACGAGGUUCUGCCAGGGGAUAGGGAGAGGGGGGUUCAAAUCCCCCCUGGAAAGUGGUACGAGGGAAAGUGGAUCGAGUUUAAGGACGUGCCCUGGCGGGCGCACUACUUCUAUGUCCCUGUCACCCACCAGCGCGUGACGAAGCCCAAGGAGCGCGAGGACGGCCUGGCUGCGCUGGCGGAGAGCGUGGAGGAGCAGGAGGAGGAGGCUGCGCGGUAUAUGGUGUGGGGGAUGACAGGGCGCAUGCUGGUCGACACAGCGAGGAUCGCGUAUGGGGAGGAGCCUGAGUUUGAGCAUAACAAGCAUUACGGCGACGAGGCACUGCUGGAGGCGUUGGCCGGCGCGGGUAAACUGUAUGAAAAGAAGCGCAGGCCCGAGGGGGAGAUGGCUCCAGAGGAGGUAAAGAAGGCUAAAGACGGCAGUAGGAUGUGA